AUGGCCGCCGCAAAGAUUGGGGCCAUCCAGGCCAAACUGCAGGACGAGUCCCGCGAGUUCCAGAAGCUGGAGGCCGCGCUUGGACGCUCAGCAGGCGGAGAACGAGUCGGUCCUCAAGGAGUUCAGUACAUUGAAGGCGGACAACACGAUCUUCAAGCUCGUCGGCCCGGCGCUCGUCGGGCAGGACCCGACCGAGGCCAAGGCGAACGUGGAGAAGCGACUGGAGUACAUCAAGUCAGAAAUGUAGGCUGCACAAAUAAUCUCUUCAUAGCUGACCGUUACAGCAAGCGAGUUGAGAACCAGAUCAAGGAGCACCAGGAGAAGGCGAACAAGAAGAAGGACGAGCGCGAGUUCCAGCAGCUGCAGGGACCGAGCAAGGCUGCCGCUUAA